CUCGACUAUUGAAAAUACUUAUCUUAUUGAACAACAAAGCAGUUGUAUCCUCCACGCAUUCAAGCUAAGCAAAAAUGGGCAACUUUCAUAGCAAGUCGUACAACUUUACAGAAAAAGUGCGGGAUUCAACAGUAGGGGGCCCCAGUUUUUCAGCAAAUGAGCCACCAACCAUUCGGCGCCAUCAUGAUUUCGAUGCAGAACGGGAUGCCAAGAAACUACAAAAAGCUUGCAAAGGGAUGGGAACAGAUGAAACGGCAAUUAUUGAAAUCCUAUCAAAUCGAUCAUCCGACCAGAGGCAACAAGUAAAACAGAACUACAAGACCAUGUAUGGCAAGGAUUUGGAAGAGGUACUGAAAGGAGAACUAAGUGGGAAUUUUGAAAAGACAGCCUUGGCUCUGUUGGAUCGUCCAUGUGAAUAUGAUGCCAGAGAGCUUCGGAAAGCAAUGAAAGGCGCAGGAACUGAUGAAUCGGUGCUGAUUGAGAUUCUUUGCACCAGGGUCAAUAAGCAAAUUGUAGACAUAAAGGAUGCAUACAGAAGGCUGUUUGAGCGGGAUCUAGAAUCUGAUGUAAAAAGUGACACAAGUGGCUCCCUACGGAAGAUUCUGGUUUCUGUGCUACAGGCUAACCGAGAUGAAGGGCUGGAGAUCAAUGCAGCGCUUGCUGAGCAAGAUGCCAAAGACCUGUAUGAAGCAGGGGAAGGCUGCUGGGGAACAGACUAAUUGGUUUUCAAUGUUGUCUUAGCAAAGAGAAACUACAUGCAGCUAAGAGCUACCUUUCAAGCUUAUGAAAAGCUGAAGGGGAAAGACAUCGAAGAUGCCAUUAAAAGUGAAACAUCUGGAGAUUUGGAGAAGGCCUUUCUCACUCUUGUGAGAUGUGCCAGAGAUUGCCAAGGCUACUUUGCCACCCGUCUGUAUGAAGCAAUGAAAGGCGCAGGGACAGAGGAGGAGACUUUGAUUCGCAUCCUUGUGACUCGAGCUGAGAUUGACCUUCAAACAAUAAAGGAGAAGUUCCAGAAAAUGUACAACAAGUCCUUAGUGGAGGCCAUCAAAUCAGACACCUCUGGGGACUUUAGAAAGCUGCUAGUGGCACUGCUACACUAAGACUGCUGUCACAAAGGGAGAGACAUGAGAAGAAGCCACCUUCUUGACCAGCUUCCAAGUAGCAUGCAAAAAAUGUGGUACUAGCAAUAAUAAAAAAAAAAAAAAGUUUAUUUUCUUUACAGCAGGGGAACAUAUUACCAGAUAAUCCUUGUGUUACCUGGGUGUGAGGUUCAGGCCAAGCCUAUCACACCAAGUGCUGCUCCCCUCUCCUGUACUUUUUGUUAUGGUGGAAUGGGAAUAGUGGUCAUACUUUCAAAUGUCUCUCUCUCUCUCCUCCACCACUCCUCCUGCCACCAUUUCCAGCUCAGCCUCCCCUUCUUAUCCAUCCCAUCCAGCCCUCACUUAGCACUGUAGAAGCCAGUAGCUGUCUCCUGUCCUAGGCUGCUGCACCCACGUAUUAUAGGCAGCAGCAGCAUACAGACUGGCGCAUGCUACCUUGGUGAUGUAGCCUGAGCUGCACACUGAGCUGGGCCCCUCACUGCUACUUCCAGCUGGACCUUCUGCUCAUGGUCCAGCCAUGCCCUAGCUCUGCCCAGUCUGCCUCUCCUCCAAACAGGCCCCCUCCCCUAUACACUCUGUCCUGCCCUUCCACACCAUAAACGUGUAACAUGUACCUUUAAACUAUUC